AUGUGCUGCAAGGAGGGCACUUCGAGCGCUUUCUCUAUUUUGAUGCUGAGCACUAUUGGAGAGUUGGCAGCUGCGAGUACAAGGAUCAGGAGAAAGCCGCAGCCGGAUCGAUGCGCAGCGCUGAGAAGGUACGCCCUGGCACCUUACCGACGCAAGUGGCGGCCUGGAGCGUUCGCACGGGCUACGACGAGUGGCUGCUGCAAGACGUCGAGGUCCGGGCAACGGCGAAGGCCGUGGAGCAAGGUCUUGCCGUUGGUGCCGCUGUGA